AUGCGGUCCUUUUUUAACAUUGCAUUACUAUUCUCUUUCAUAGCAUGCGUAAUUGACGCUUUGCAUAUUGAGGUUCCUGCAUUACCACGUCCUGAACCAGUUUGUAUUCGUGAUUUCGUCCAGGAAAAUCAAUUGGUUGUCGUUAAUAUUAAUACCGACGGGUAUAAAGGAGAUGGCCAAAGAUUGGAUAUAACCAUAAUCGAUUCAGUGGGAAAUCUGUAUGCUACUAGAAAAGACAUUGCCGGAAAAGUCAAGGUUGCUUUCACUUCUCAACACAAUGCUGCCAUUGAUCUUUGCUUUUACAACUAUCAGGAACAACAAUGGAAAAAACAUGGUUCAAGAGAAGCUUCGGUGAGGUUGAUUGAAUUGGAAGUUGAAAGUGGAGCUGCUGCAAGAGAUUGGAAUGCAUUACAAGCUAGUGAAAAGUUGAAACCUGUGGAAGUUGAAUUGAAAAAGAUUGAGAGUUUGACCGGUGAAAUCGUUCAAGAGUUGCAAUACUUGAAAAGAAGAGAAGAAAGGAUGAGGGAUACAAAUGAAUCUACAAACUCAAGAGUCAAAUGGUUUUCAAUCAUUGUUAUUUUCUCUUUGGUUGGAUUUGGCGGUUGGCAAAUUCAAUACUUGAGGCACUAUUUCAAGGUGAAACACAUUAUCUAG